AUGUCCAGCACUGACAGGGCCUUGGGAGAAGGGGACCUGCGGCAGCUGCUGAAGCUAUACCGCACAGAGAUCUCCAUGGCUGUGGACGACGUUUUCCCAUUGCUUCAUGGACUUGCUGAUCAUGAUGUUGUCACAGAGGAGAUGUUCAAGGAAACACUGAGUUUGAAGGAGCAGGAGGGUUCUCACAAGGCCUUCCAUGCCAUGCUGACAUGGCUACUGAACCGGGAUUCAUCCUCCAUCCAGGACUUCUGGAGGGUCCUCUUCAAGGAUUACAACCUGGAGAGAUACUCCAAGCUCCAGCCUAUUCAGAGCAACUUUCCCAAAGAUGUGGAUCUCAGCAGACAGCGCCGGGGGAGGAAACCACCCCCCAGCCCCAAGAUGUUGGUGCAGCACAAACAGCAGCCAAAGAGGAAAGCACCAGAGGAACGGGACUCUCCCCAGGCAGCUCAGCCCUUGCUAAAAUGCAACUCAAAUCCUGGGACCCUGCCAAAGGCAAAAGCUGUAAAGAAACCAGAAGGUGUGGAGAUCCAACGUUUCCCUCUGGGAAAUGGCAUUCAGAGUAUGGCUGCCUCAGUCCAGAGGGCUGUUACUGUGUCAUCCAGUGAACUGCCAGUGAGCUGCGGGGCUGUAGAAGGAAUUCUCAUCAAACAGGUGUUUGAGUCAGGGGGCUCCAAGAAAUGUGUCAAAGUUGGAGGCGAGUUUUAUGCACCAAGCAAGUUUGAGGAACCUGGGGGAAAGAACAAAAGCCGAAGCCUGAAGCCCAGUGUGCGAGCCAAGGGAUUUCAAGGGCCCCAAUAUGUAUGCUUUCAGCAAACACAAGUUCCACCAUUUCCAUCCAUUGCCCAGCCCAAGCUGGGUCAGAAGAACGAUGAUGAAUGUGCAGUGUGCAGGGAUGGUGGGGAGCUGAUCUGCUGUGACGGCUGCCCCAAAGCUUUCCAUCUGGCCUGCCUCGUGCCCCCACUGACAGAAAUUCCAAGCGGGACAUGGAGGUGCAUCUCCUGCUCAACUGAGAAAGUGAAGCAGGACCAGCACAUAGAAGAGGAGCAGGUCAGAGAGCCACCAUCUGAGACACAGGGUUACAGGACGCUCCCCCAAGGUAUAGAAUGUCACAGUGGGGCUGAGUAUAAAAUCCAAAUUCUCCACCUUUCCUUUCCACAGAAACUGACAGUUGGUGAGAAAUGUGGAGUCUGCAGGGGAGGAGGAGACAUGACCUACUGUGCCCAGUGCUUCAAGGCCUUCCACGCCAACUGCCACUUCCCUGCCCAAGCAGAGCGGCUCAGUGAAAUCUUGCUAUGCAAGUCCUGCUCUGGCAGCUCUGGAACCAGUGGCCUGGAGGGAACAGUGACCUCAAAUAACCAUGCACUAAGAGCAGCAAAGGCAGUGGAAGAAUCUGCUGGGAAUGACCCGAUCCUGAAUAAAGAAGAGUUGGACUCUCUCCUGGGUGAGAGCUCCUUUGAUGGGAUUCUGCAGUGGGCAUUCCAGAACAUGUCUCGUCCACUCUCAGAUACUCACGGAUUUUUCUCUUAGCUCCUGUUGUAAUUGUGGACAUGUCAUGCCAACUUGCUGCCCUCCAUACAUUGGACUUGACACUAAUCAUCUUUAAAUGUCUUGUGCCGACAUC